AUGUCACAAAUAAAGCAAUCGUAAAGAAAUUCAAAAAAUUUAGACUAGCAACCAUAUUCUUAGCAAUAACUUCAAUAAAGUCAAAAAGUAGCUUAGGUAUAAUAGUAAAAACAGAACUAAUAACAACAACAAUAGUUAUAAAAAGGUAUCACAAAUUAGACUACCAAAUUGAAGAAUCCAAAUGAGACCAGAAUAUACGUAAUUAUGAAAUUGUAUUAUACUUAGUCAUUGAUUUAACCUGAGACCAAUCGAUAAGAACAAAAUUAAGAAGUUUAAAUUGUUCAUCAAGAGGCUCCACCAAAAUUUAAUUGUCUUAAAUCUCGUCCUGAUCCUAUUUUAGAUUGGGAAGUCCAUAAAGAAAAGCAAUUGUAUAGUGAAUUUCAAGAGUUUAUAGAAUCUCGCUAUUUAGAAGUUAAGAGAAGUUCAAGCAUAUAUAAAUAUUAUGCUAAAAUAGGACUUCAAAUAUUUAUUUACAUUUUAAAUGUGCUUGAAUUGAUAUUCACUUUAAGCUACAAAUCUUAUAAUAAUAUUUCUGAUUAAGAAAUAUAUUAUUUGNUAUUUAAAUAUGUCAAUAAAUUCAAAUGCCCUUCAAGUUUAAUAAAGUUUAUCUGA